GGAUUAUAGCAUGUCAACAUUCACUCGGUGGUCGGUACACGAGGUCGGAACGUUUUGAGAGAAGCCGGUUUCGAGCGGUGAGGUGUUUUGUUGUAUCUUGACAACGGAUUUGUACAGGUUUUCCGUGAAUUUACAAUAAUGAGCAACGAAGUUACGAUCGACGACUUUCCCGUUUUGAGGUUGAAGCAUGUAUAUAUCAAGGACGAGGAUGCGCUUUUGAAGACAAUAAAUACGAUAUUGCAAGGUGGCACAGACAAUCUGCAAGUGGUUACAGAUUUCGAUUUAACUCUAACGAAGCAACACAUCAAUGGAAUACCUACGCUUAGUAGUUUUGGUAUGUUCAGAAAAUGCGAGCAAUUACCGCAACAUUAUUUAGACGAGGCUAAGCGUCUGUAUGAUAAGUACAGACCCAUGGAGAUAGAUCCAAAUUUGUCUCUGAAUGAAAAAGCAAAUGCUACGCACGAUUGGAUGAAAGCUGCACACAAUAUAUUAAAAGGAAUUGAGUUUGAUCCUCGCAGGAUAGAAUGGGUAGCCCAAGAAUGCAACAAUAUAUUACGUGAUGGUACAGAAGAGCUUUUCGAGAAGCUAUAUAAUGCAAGAGUUCCAAUUGUAGUGUUAAGUGCUGGUUUAGGAGAUAUGGUGGAAGCUGUGUUAAAGUACCACAAUUCUCUCUUUGAUAAUAAAAUAAUUUCUAAUUUUCUGAAGUACAAUGAAAAUAAAUUGGAUGGAUUUAACAAUGAUGUGCUAAUACAUGCCUAUAAUAAAAAUGAAUGUGCACUAGUGAAAGAGCACUUGACUGUACUUGGAAAGAGGAAGAAUGUAUUGUUAAUGGGUGAUACAACUGGUGAUGCUAAUAUGGUAGAUGAAAUAGAACAUACCAAGACAAUUUUGAAAAUAGGAUUUCUGUAUGAACAUGUGGAGGCUAGCUUAGACUUGUUCAUGGAAAAAUUCGAUAUCGUUCUUGUCGAUGAUCAAACGAUGCGAGUGCCGAUGGAGAUACUGCAAAGUAUCUUAUAAUAAUGUCUGUAUUAAUUAAUAUUUUCUGUUAUACUCACAUGUAUGUAUACAUGUACAUAUCGAAUAAGAAUAUAUGUGCUUAAAAAUAGAAUUUCUACAUACAUGUUUGUUCUAUUA